AUGCUCACUCAUCAGACCCCGCUAUCGCUAUCUUUCGCCCCAGAAUACCAGGGGGACACUCAAGGCUUCCAUUUUGAUCCCCCCACCGUGGCAGUAUGGGGUAAAGGAUUGUCCAGGCGCUCUCGGUACAGAAUUGUCAUCCUGAACGGGGACGCCGCUCCCUGCGUCAUUGGGUGCGAGGGCUUUGGCUCCCCAGCCACCGUGAGCCCGCGGCGGCGAUCCGGCAGUUUGGGUCCAGUUGGAUUUUUGACUUUGGUCGCGGUGGCGGGGAUAAGUGAAGUGUGUUCCCCGGAGGACGGCAUGAGAGGCAAGGAAGGAGAAAGAGACAGUGAGAGCAAAAGAUAUGCAUACCGGCGAACAGUAGAGAUAGCUCAGACGGGAGUGAGGAACCGCCACUGUCCGCACACUUGCGCUUUGUGUUACACCUGUGAACGCCUUCCCUCUUCGCCUCUACACCUUAGAGCGCCAGAAAUAAUUGAUCAAGUGGCUUUCGGAAAUGCUACACACGGGAGCCAAUCAGGGAUAUUACAAUUUUACGGACUUCGGCAUAGAGAUGAGUGCGGGAGGCGAGAUGAAGGACGCACGAUUGGGAGAGGAGGGGGAGAAGGAAAAGGUUCCAAGACACCAGGCUCGCUGCUGUGCUGGAGCAGAGUGAACAGCACGCAAUGUUUCUGCAGGCAAAGUGUGACGCGCCCCUCCAAACACUCUGCUGCGGCUCGAUGCGUGUGUGAGGGCGUGAAAUAUUUUCUUCCCAGGCAGGACGCAGGACGCGGUGUGACGCGCCCCUCCAAACACCUGAGGUACAUCACACACGGCUGCAUCUCCCAGGAAGUGGUGCACGCUGCCUACACGAAUACAGAUGAGACGCGUCCACCUGUUUCCAUGAUUCCCCGAGGCUGGCGAUGUCGUGCCUCUGUCUGAAGCGGUGCCAGUCAACUGAAGAUGAUGGCCUGAUCCUGACCGGAACAAAAGAAGAAACAGUAAAGGUGAUAAAAAGAUUAUAGAAGAUAUGACAAGAAGCAGGUCUACAUAUCAAUAAAAAAAAUAUUGAUACACAAUAAAAAAGAAAAUUUCAAAACUGG